CGAACUUAAUUUUCAUCAACAUUUGUCAGCAGCAAAAUGAAAGGCCUUUCUAAUUUGUUCUUAUGCUUUUCUCUUUUCAUUGUCUCUUUCAUAACAGAAGCCGACUCAGCUUCUCAAGCACAAAACAAUGGCAUUUAUAUUGUUUAUAUGGGUGCUGCGGCUUCAUCUAAUGGUGGUACCAGACAUGAUCAAGCGCAGCUUAUGAGCUCCUUGAUCAGAAGGAACAAGAAUGCAGUGGUACACAGCUACAAGAAUGGUUUCUCAGGAUUCGCAGCACGUUUAUCAGAAGCUGAAGCUAAAUCCAUGGCUCAAAGACCUGGAGUUGUCUCUGUAUUUCCUGAUCCAGUACUGCAACUCCACACUACACAUUCAUGGGAUUUCUUGAAGUAUCAAACUGAUGAAAAAAUUAAUUCAAGUCCAAGCUCUGGUUCUGAUUCAUCAUUAAUUGGAGCUGAUACCAUAAUUGGCAUAUUGGAUACGGGUAUAUGGCCAGAAUCUGAGAGUUUCAAUGACAAGGAUAUGGGUCCAAUUCCAGCCCGGUGGAAUGGAACUUGCAUGGAUGGCCAAGAUUUUGGCUCUUCAAAAUGCAACAAGAAGAUAGUUGGUGCAAGAUUUUAUGAGGAGUCUGAUGACAGUGGAACAAAAAUAGCUGGAUCAGCCAGGGACGAGAACGGACAUGGUACUCAUGUUGCGUCUACUGCAGCUGGGAGUCCUGUUGCAGGUGCAUCCUACUAUGGCCUAGCUACAGGAACUGCCACGGGUGGAUCUCCGGGUUCAAGGAUUGCCAUGUAUCGUGUCUGUACUACUUUUGGAUGCCGCGGAUCAGCUAUCAUGAAAGCAUUCGAUGAUGCAAUUGCAGAUGGGGUUGAUGUUUUAUCACUAUCACUUGGUUCAUCACCCGGACUUGAACCUGAUUUUCCGAGCAAUCCUAUUGCCAUAGGAGCAUUUCAUGCUGUAGAAAAGGGCAUUGUUGUUGUUUGCUCUGCUGGAAAUAGUGGCCCUGGCCCAAAAACUGUUGUCAAUACAGCUCCUUGGAUUCUAACAGUUGCAGCCACCACCAUUGACCGUGACUUCGAGACAGACGUUCUCUUGGGUGGAAACAAGCUGAUUAAGGGUGGAGGUAUAAACUUUGGUAACAUGACAAAAUCGUCAGUCUACCCUUUGAUUCAUGGCAAUUCAACCAAAUCAAACGAUAAUGUUUCUGAGGCGGAUGCAAGGAGUUGUGUUCCUGGUUCAUUGGAUGAAAACAAAGUCAAGGGGAAGAUUGUUCUUUGUGAAAAUCUUGAUGAUGGCGGAUAUUUUCCCAGUGACAAGCUAGACGAAGUAAAGAGUCGAGGUGGAGUUGGAUUUAUACUAAUAGAUGAUGAUGAAAGAACAGUGGCACCCAAAUUUAAAUCCUUCUCAGCUGGUGUAGUCUCUAAAAAGGAUGGAAAUGAGAUCCUCGCCUACAUUAACUCGACGAGGAAUCCAGUUGCAUCAAUUUUACCAACUGUUUCCAUAACAAAGUACAAACCAGCUCCAGUUGUGGCUUACUUCUCAUCAAGAGGCCCUGCGUACAACACCCCUAACCUCCUCAAACCGGAUAUUACAGCACCAGGGGUUGCCAUUCUUGCUGCUUGGCCUGGAAAUGACACGAGUGAGGCUCUCCGCGGCCAAAAACCACCAAUUUUCAACCUACUCUCAGGCACUUCCAUGUCCUGCCCUCACGUAUCCGGUAUUGCUGCAACAGUCAAAUCAGUAAACCCUGCCUGGAGUCCUUCAGCCGUCAAAUCAGCUAUUAUGACCACUGCUAUUCAGACAAACAAUUUGAAGGCUCCAAUCACUACAGUCUCUGGAUCCAAAGCAACACCAUAUGACAUAGGUGCAGGAGAAGCGAGCACUUCAGGUCCAUUAAAACCAGGUCUAGUCUACGAGACAGAUGUCGCCGACUACUUGCAGUUCCUAUGUUCUGUUAGCUUUAACAUAUCACAGAUAAAGCUGAUCUCAAAUACAGUUCCUAAAGACUUUUCAUGUCCUAACAACUCAACCUCUGAAAUGGUUUCUAAUAUGAAUUAUCCAUCAAUAGCUAUUUCUAGUCUCAAAGAAAACGAGCCGAAGAAAGUUACUAGAACUGUUACAAAUACUGGUGAAGAAGCAUCAGUAUAUACUGCAAUUAUUGAGGCACCAACAGGAUUGGAAGUCCAAGUGAUUCCAAGUAAAUUGGAAUUUACAAAUAAAAGCAAGAAAUUAAGCUAUGAAGUGUCUUUCAAAGCUUCAUCUACCUCAAAGGAAGAUCUGUUUGGAUCAAUUACUUGGACAAAUGGUAAGUACAAAGUCCGGAGUCCAUUUGUCGCGAGUAGUAAUUAACACAAAUCCAUGAGAACAUUUUCAGACCUAUAAGUAGUCUAGAAAGUUUGUAUGCAAUGUUACAAAUCCAUGAGCAGAAUCAUGUUAUCAACCUAUCAUUGUAACAACAAGAGUAAUCAUGAAUAAAAUAUUGUUGUGAUCAAAACUA